GCUUUCGUGCACUUUAAAAGCCGUAAACUGACCGUGAGUUGUUGUCACUUUGUAAUUUGGUGUAAAAGUUAUCUAAAUAACUAGACCUUGUCUGAAAACAUGUCCCGCAAUCAGAUUUACUACUCAGACAGGUACUAUGACGACUACUAUGAGUACAGACAUGUUGUUCUGCCUCGGGAAAUGGCUAAAUGUAUUCCAAGAUCCCACCUGAUGUCUGAAGACGAGUGGAGACAACUGGGUGUACAGCAGUCCCAAGGAUGGAUCCACUACAUGAUCCACGAGCCAGAGCCCCAUAUCCUCCUGUUCAGAAGACCUCUACCAAAGCAUUGACAUCAUCCCACUCAUUCAUCUGGUUAUUUACCUGGAAGAGUGAAUACUUUCUAGCUCUGCUAGUUAUCGUCUGCUGUGCAUUAGCUGUAUUUUCUCAGCCUUAAGAGCUCAGUUUGUAUAAAGAUGUGAUCCAUUUCUAUGGAAUCCUACCAGUCCUGUGGUUGCCAAACAAACACUAUAAAGUACCUGAUUUAUCAACUUGUUGAGAAAAGAUAUCACAUAGCACUGAAAUUGUUUCUGAUCUAUGUCUGAUGAUAUGUUACAAAAGUUUACAUUAGUUCAAGUUAACAUAGAUUUUGUAAAGUCAGGAGGAAGAGAACUAUCUUGUGAUUUUGUGCCAAAAUUGGCAGGUUGACAAUCAGCUGAAUUUGUGAGUGAUACAGAGUUGAACUACUGCUGCUUUUUUUUUUCUCUUCAAGAUGUUUUAACUUAAAAAUCUACAUGGCUUGUAUUUAUUAUUCUUCCUUUUGAUUCUGAGUGUCAGACAGUGUCCACUGAAAGAGAGGAUUUGAUUUACAUCACAAUGUUUAGAUUUGUGUCACAUUUAAGGAAAAAAAUUGUGACAAUUCAGUCAUGACCUGUUUGAUUAAUGAUUUGACAAUAAACUAUCCACGCCAUG